UGACGAGGCGUGGCGACGAAGGAGAGGACCGUACCGACGUUUCUGUCAAACUUUGUGACUAAUUGCGAAGAUAGAACAGUACAAAGACACGUCGGUUAACAUGGCGGAGGGUGGGCUGGGACACGAACAGUCGUCGGUAGAUGGCGCCAUGCGUCAGUCCCUUGACUCCCACUUAUUGGAAUGUCCUAUCUGUCUGGAGCAGCUACGACAACCAAAGUCCUUGCCCUGUCUACAUUCGUUUUGUCUGGAAUGCCUGGGUAGCUACAUCACUAAGGAGGUGUCAGGUAAGAUGGCGUCAGCGUCGUCUUUCUCCUGUCCUGUGUGCCGGAAGGUCACUGAGCCAGUGAACCAAUCAGAAGGUAAAGAGAGUUGGGCCGAGCAGUUCCCCACCAACAAUCUGGCGGUCGAAAUAAUCCAGCAUUUACAACAGACGGAUAAGUCGAUCACGUGCAAACCAUGCGAGACUAAAGGAAAUAAGAAUGCCCCGGCGAAGUUUUGGUGUAAACAUAACAACACUUAUUUCUGUACAGACUGCAAAAUAAACGUUCAUGAUUUGCUUCAUGAAGAAUGUGACGUUCAUGACAUUUCUGAAUUAAACAUGUCAGAUAUACUACAACGGAAGGCCUCAGUCACUGGAUGUUGGAAACACAAGGAGAAGAUGGAAUAUUACUGUGAAGAUCAUAAGCUACUUGGAUGCAGUAAAUGUAUCAUCGUCGAUCACCGGAAGUGUGAAGUGGUGACGUCAACAGAGGAUUACCGGGACAAGUUGAGGAAAAGCUCUAAGAUCGAUGAUCUGCUGGAGGAACUUCGUAAAAGCACAGACGCCAUGGAGAUACUGAUAAAGGAUGUAUGUGAGCAACUUAAAACCAUGACACUAGAUCAAGACACUGCGCUGCAAAGUUUGACCGACAUGCGGAAAAAGAUUAAUGAGCGGUUCGAUGUACUACAGAAAGAUCUCACAGACAAACUGAUAUCGGCCUUCAAAGAAGAAAAAGAAAACCUGGAGAUAUCGAAACAGCAAUGUGAACGGCUGAUGUUCUCUAUGCAGAACACGCUGACGUCAUCCGAGGAUGCAGCCUUGGAGGAUGACACUGUUGGAACGAUAUGUCUGUUCCAGAGAGGACAGGCGGAGGUUGAGUCCUGUAAGGAACUCAUACAGGAGUUGGGGAGGUCGUCUAGAUCUACCAGUAUCAAACAUGAAUAUGAUUCGGACAUACUCGCCGUCGGCAACAUCACCAGCCUAACUAUGGGGGAAAUUGUCGUUAAUCAACAGCGAAGGAGACUGCCAUCUACUGUGUAUAGUAGCAUAGUACCGUUAUCGGAACGUCAUUUGAAGACGACGGGGAAGUUCACUAUCAAAGUUGCUUCAGACAAAAACAACUGUAUAGCGUAUGGUGUUGUCUUCCUACCUGGUGGUCGUAUUGUUGUCGGAGACGAUGAAAAUAGAAAGAUGAAACUAUUUACAGAAAAAGGUGAUUUUAAAUUUGAGUUGAAACUUACGGAUGCAUCCUGUGAUCUUUGUAGAAUUGAUAACAACACUGUGGCAGUAAUACUGGACGAAGUCAAAACAAUAUGUAUUGUCAAUGUCGGGGCUUCAACCUUGACAGUUUCAUCGAAAAUCAAGAUUCCAAAGCUUAAGGAAAGCUGUUUUGGUGUCGCAUACCACAAAAACUAUUUCACUGUCGGUACAACAAAAUCAAUUUAUAGUGUACCAGCAAGCGGAAUUGAACCGAAAAAACUUCUCACAACUGGAUCAAAAUGUUUGCACCUCGCAAGCAAUCACAGGAAUGGACACGUCUUUGCUAGUAUCCAUACCUCUACCCCAGACGAGGUGGCCGUGACCCGACUGUCGGACGAUACCCACACAUAUAUAUUGAAGGUCAGUGUCGUGAAAAGUACAACAGGAAUAGACGUGGACAGGGAGGACAACGUAUAUGUUUGUGGAUGGAAUUCAAACAACAUAAUACAGAUGUCUGGGGAUGGUUCAAACGUCAGGGAACUGCUGAAGUCAUCCGAUGGAAUCGAACAUCCGAGGGCGAUUUCUGUGUGGGAGGAUAGGAUAGUGAUCACAAACACAACCAAAUCGUCAGACAAACAGAACUUUGUACACAUCUUCCAGCUCGUUUGAUAAUCAAAAACUGAUAUGGUAUAGAAUUGACAAAAUUAUAUACGAGAAAAUAAAGCCCAUAUGACAAAUGUACUUUAUCAGUGAAACAGUCGUAGGAUUUAUGUUUACGUAAACCUACUACCCUUCAACCGAUCAUCUGGUCUUGCUCCUGUGCUGAAAAGGUCUACGGAUUCAAACUUUGUAAUCGUUCUGAGUCAUGUACCCGACGUUCUCGUCUACACGUUGAUGAAAGAUGAAUUUAAAGUUGACAGAACUUUGUUAUACCAUGUUAUUGGGAAAAACUAAUUAUUAUUAGCAGUGUGUGUAUUAGUAUAUAUCGGUCUAACAGGUGGGCGGGC